AUGAGCUUGAAUCCUAUCCAAGAAAUGGGUGAAUCUCCUCAUUCAACUCCGGCAUAUAAUUCUUUAAGCACUUCUUCUACGUCCUCAACUUCUUCACUUUCACAUCAUCAUCAAACUCCUAUUAGUACAAGCUUGCCCUCAUUUUCUUCGGCUUCUACUUAUACUGCUCCGAUUAUUCAAGCAAGUGGUACCAUUACUACGGCCACUCCAAUGUCGACUGAUUCAACUUGGUCUUCUCAAGCUUCACAGCAACAGCGUCAGAUGCCUCAAACUCCUCAACUUUUCUCAACUUAUCGCUCCCAGCCUUCCUUUUCAAAUCGUAGUGGUCUUAGCGGUCUUACUUCUUCAAGUUCUUCUGCAACUUCUUCUAUUUUGAAUGUAACCGCCUCUCCUUCUUCUUUGGCUCCAAUAAUACCACCUAUGGAGCGUUCAAAUUCGGCUUCAACCAUGUACUCGGUUCCUUCGUCCGGGGGUCACUUUCACGAAAAAUCAAAUUCAACUGGGUCGAUUAGUGUUAAUUUAAAAGAUACUGCUAGUACAAAUCAUUUACCUUAUAUUCCUUCUCAUCGAAGUCCAGUUUAUGAUCAUAUGCCAUCAAUUGCAAAAGAAAUUGAAAAAUUAGAACAAUCUGGUCAGGAUGAUAAAUGGGCUUCAUUAGGUGCUAAAGUUUUACCCUUAUUUAAUGGUUUAGGAUUAAAAGCAUAUAUUGAAGAUUUGAAUGAAUUGGUAAGGUAA